AUGAGAUUUUCAUUGCCUGAUGAGUUGGAUUACCCAGAUUUGUCUAGCUCGACACAAGUUUUAGCUAAAUAUCCAGUGCGUGAUGCCACAAUUGAACCUAUUGUACCAAGACCUGCCAAACCGCCUAGUCGAGAUGAUGUGAAUGAGAUGUAUAAGCUCAUAACGGAGAAAACCAACGAAUGGAUGAAACAGAAAGCUCGUGAAAUCUCAAGGCAACAAACUCAUAGUACAGCCUCGAUCGAGCGCAUACAAGAUCAAUAUGAAUCGAGCAUUCAAGCAUUAAGCGAAAACUUUGACCAACUACUACAGCUUCAAAGCCAACAGGUAGAGAAGGUCAUCGAGGACGAGAAAACUAGGGUUAGGUUGGCAGAGGAGGCAGAAAAGCAAAGACUAGAGGAAGAGGCAAGAAGGAGGCGGUUGGAGCAAGAACGCUUACAAAGAGAAGAAGAAGAACGCCGACGAAAAGAAGAGGCACGUCGGAAAGCAGAGCAGGAGAGAAUAGAAGCCGAACGUAAACAAAGAGAAAUGGAAGAGAAGAGAGAGAAAGAAGAACAACUCAAGCGCGAAGAGGCUGCUCGUUUGAAAGCCGAGCAAGUUGAGAAAGAUCGAAAAGAAGCAGAAGCAGAAAAGCAGCGAACUGAGCAACUCAAGCAGGAGCAAGAACAAGCAACGACCAACUUUAAAUCAAUAGAGAAGCAGUUCCUAAAGUAUAAACAAGACAUACAAGAUAUCAAAAUGCAAAUUGUUGCUCCGUUGGAUGCUAAUAGAGACUUGAAAAAACAAGUCAAUCAAUAUAAACGUAAAAUCAACCCCAAAUUUGGCCAAUUAUCUAACUCAAUGUCACAUACUAAUACCGUGAGCAUGGAAGUAUACAAUCUUGUUCUUCCAACGCAAUCAAAUCAACUCGUAUAUAAAUGGAUCCUCAACUUCAUUGCAAAAGCGAUUAUCGAUCAAGCCGAAACUGAAGUUAUUGUACGGCCAUUUGCUGCAAGACCUUUAGCAGCCUUGGCUUAUUUUUUACUUGAAAAGUUUCCCGAAUUUGAAUACUUUCUCACGGCAAGAUUCAUCAAGAAAUGUCCUUAUAUACUUGGCUACACGUGCAACAUUGAUUCCGAAGAAGGUAGGAAAAGAAUGGGAUGGAAGCGUAAUCAGGAUAACAAAUGGGAAGAUGAUGUCAAGUACGAUGAACGUGUAGGUGGGAUAUGUACCGUUUGGUCGGUCAUGACUCAUCACUCAAAUGCCCAAAUUGGUAUAUAUUCACAUACAUCGUCGUGGCAGUUUGUGGCAAGGACCUUGAAUACCGAUUUGAAUUUGAUUAGAAAUACUCAUUUUGAAUUAUUGGCCAAUUGGUGGGAAGCAACUGGUGGUGAAUUUGCAAAUGUAUAUGGUAAUCAAAGCAAGAAGCUAAUGUAUGCCAUGGUCGGUGCAUUUGUUGACGCUGUUGCUAGUAGGAGAUUCCCUGCUGCUGCAAGGUUGAGGCUCUUGGGUGAAGAGUGGAAUAACAAGGGUAUGAUACAAGGAUUAAAACAAAUGGAAAGGUAG